AUAUUUCAUUCUCAGAUGAGCAACGCCGAGAGGGCUUUCAGGUUCGCCAUCGACAGGCUAAACUCACCGCCGUACUCCAACGGCAGUCGUCUCGUACCGGAUACUCGAUACGUGGCGCGAAACGACAGUUUCGAAGCUACAAAAACAGUUUGCCGACAGCUUUCGAAGGGCGUGGCUGCCGUCUUUGGCCCGAACUCCAGGGAGAGUUCAGAGACCAUCGCGUCGGUGUGUAACUCCAUGGACAUGCCACUAGUGGAAACGAGGUGGGACUACCGGGAACGUGGAAGCAUGGUGACCUCCAUCAACCUCCACCCCAACAACAGGCAGAUCAGCAGGGCUAUACGGGAUGUCGUUUACUACUAUAGGUGGUCGGCAAUAACUAUUGUCUACCAGGACGAUAGCGCUCUGACGCGUCUACAAGAGGUCCUGCGAGCCUCAGCACCACGCAAGAUUAAGUUAACUAUUUAUAAGCUACCGACCAACCCAGAUGUUCGGACUCUGCUGAAGGAGAUAAAGACCUCCGGGGCACGGCACAUCAUUAUUGACUGCCGGAGUGAGAUGUUAUAUCCCCUUCUGGAACAGAUAAUGGAGGUUCAAAUGCUGAGAAGUUACUAUCACUUUUUGUUUACAUCAAUGGAUGUUACAAUGCUGAACAUGUCUAGAUAUUCCGGAGAUGGAGUCAACUUGACAACCUUUCACCUCUACGAUAGAGAGAGCGCGGUCUUCCACAGAAUAGUGGCCGAGUGGAGAGCGAGAUUCAAGCGGUCGGAAACCAACCCCAUGGAGCGCGGACUAACGUUGGAAUCAGCCUUGAUGUAUGACGCAGUGCAUGUUAUGGCCAAGGGCCUGCUGGCGAUGUCUGUCGGCCGGAACAUGACCGUGCAGUCCAUGGCAUGCUUUCACGGUGAUCAGAAGAAGUCUUGGGAUGACGGUCGAAGCUUCUACAACUAUCUCAAAAGCGUGGAAUUACGUGAGGGGCUGACUGGGCAUGUGGCGUUCGAUACCCAUGGAGAAAGAGACAGACCCAAGCUAUUUAUAUCAGAGCUGUCUGAUGUCCACGGAAUGGAACAGAGAGGAUACUGGAAUUAUGAUGAUGGUGUUUAUCUCAGGCCUAAAGACAAAGAACUGAUUGUCAACAAUGCAUCCGUAAUCAACAGGACACUGAUUGUCACAACUAUUAUUGAGCUACCCUACGUCAUGAAGAAAGACCGAGACGCAGAUGGAGAGCUCCUUGUGGGUAACGCGCGUUACUAUGGUUACUGCAUUGACAUGUUGGAAUCUAUUUCCAAACAUGUAGGCUUCCAGUACGAGAUCGUUGAGGUUGAUGACAAUAACUAUGGCUCACCAAUGGAAGACGGUUCAUGGAACGGCAUGGUCGGCAAACUCAUGACAAGGAAAGCAGACCUUGCUGUGGCUCCUUUAACCAUAACAUACAGUCGAGAACAAGUGGUAGAUUUCUCCAAGCCGUACAUGCAUCUCGGCAUCACCAUCCUGUACCGGGCGCCCGAGCCUCAGAACCCGGGUGUCUUCUCCUUUCUCAACCCGCUCUCCUUCGACGUCUGGCUCUACGUUGUCAUCGCCUUCUUCCUGGUCAGCAUCACGCUGUUCCUCCUGGCUCGCUUCAGCCCCUACGAGUGGUACAACUCGCACCCUUGCAACCCUGCCUUCGACGAGGUGGCCAACCAGUUCAAUCUCACCAACUGUCUCUGGUUUGCGUUUGGAGGGCUCAUGCAGCAGGGGUCGGAGGUCAACCCGAGAGCUUUCUCCACGAGGGUUCUGAGCGGCUUCUGGUGGUUCUUCUCCUUGAUCUUGGUCUCGUCGUACACCGCGAACCUGGCUGCUUUCUUGACCGUCGAGAGGAUGGUAUCGCCGAUAAGCAGCGCCGAUGAUCUCGCUAAACAGACCGAGAUUGAAUACGGCACAAGAAGCGGGGGAUCAACGGAAACAUUUUUCCGCCGCUCCAAUAUACCAACGUACCAAACAAUGUAUGAAUUUAUGAGUGCCAGGCCUCAUGUAUUUUCAAAAACCUACGACGAGGGUAUCGAGCGAGUUUUAAACAGCAAGAACUACGCCUUCCUGCUGGAGUCCACUACGGCUGAGUAUAGGAUCUCACAGCACUGCAGUAAUUUGACGCUGAUCGGUGGACUGCUCAAUUCCAGGGGCUAUGGGAUCGGUACACCAUUACAAUCUGGCAUACGAGAUGAAAUUACCAAAGCCAUCCUCAUACUACAAGAGGAUGACACUCUACUCAAACUCAAGGAUAAAUGGUGGAAGACGAGUAACUGUCAGUCAACUAUCAAUCAGAAGGAGGAUGCCAGCGAGCUGGGCGUCAAGAACAUCGGGGGUAUAUUCCUGGUUCUCAUCUCGGGUCUCGUAGCGGGCGUCAUGGCAGCCGUGGCGGAGUUCGUCUGGAAGUCAAGGCAAAACGCUAAUCUAGACAGAAAAUCCCUAUGUGGUGAGAUGAUGGCUGAAUUGAGGUUUGCGUGUCGCUGUAACAAACGACGAAACAGCCAACCUGUGAUUGAGCACAAGUACAUACCAGCUACAGCGUUUCCAACAGCGAGUAUCAAUGGUCAGGCCAUUCAAAUGACAGAGACGGUAGCUUGAUGGUAAUCAAAGUCAGCUGAGUUGUUCCUCAGUUAGCAAGAAACUCUGAUGGCUGAUGUAAUGUACAGUUUGUUUUCAUAGAAGCUAAGCACCGUGUAUACGUUGCUUUAUUUUUGGUGCUUUACUUGGGGAAACCAGCCAUCGCCAUGAUGCAAGUACGACUUGAGUUUUAAUUUAUUAUCCAGCUAGGCUGGUUGGUGCCGAAUGCAGACUUCCAAACGAGAUUGGAUGG